ACAGUUUUAUAGUAAAAAAUAUUUACGUCAUUUUUUUAACCAAAUAGGCACCGUACCGGUAACGACGUCGUAUUGUUCUAAAUUACAGUCAAUUUUUCUGAAUUUUUGAGACAACGAGCAGUUAAAACGAGUGGAAUUCGUUUUUCCGCAAAAUGCCGAAUAUAUCAAAACCUGAAAAAUUGACAAUCAGAGAAUUGAAACAAGAGCUUGAAAAAAGAGGUGUAACAUUACCACAUCCGCAGGCAAAAAAGAUAGAAUACGUAAAUUUAUAUAAAAGGGAAUUUAACCUAAAAAAAGAAGCCGGUUUUUCCUCAGACGACGAACCAACUAUAAGAAUAACAAGAUCUAAGAUUAUGCAGUCAGAGAGCCAUAACACAAACAUCAAGCCUAGUCCAGAGCUAGAAAUGGAAAAGAAUUUGUUAGUUGGCGAUUCAGAUGUUUAUGAAAAAGAUGUUAAAAACAACAUGGAUAAAGCUAAAAAGACUUCUAUCAGGAUAAGUCCACGUAGAAAGAAGAGAACAUCACGUUUGAUUGAGGAAUACGACGGGGCGACACCACUAGGAGUGGGAGAUAGUUCAGGAGAUGAGAAGAAUACUCCCCACCACGAGGUCAGAGUUCACCUAAAGAAGUUGGAUAUAGAUCAAGACGAUAUGACAGUCGAUGAAAUUGAAAUUACUGCUCUGUCAGACGCAGACUUGCGUUCAGAACUUCAGAGAAACGGGAUUAAUGCUGGACCUAUUGUUGCUUCAACUCGCAGAGUUUAUGAAAAACGACUCGAAAAACUUCUCUCUGGAGCCGGUGACAGCCCGAUUUCGAAUGGAGGAGAGAAAUACAGCGAUGAAGAAUCUUCUGCAGAAGAAGAGGAAGAAGAACCAGUUGUCAUGGAAACAAGGAAGUCGACCAGAACAACAACUCUGCAGUAUAGUGCCAAUAGAGAGUUCUCCUCAGCUCCCAAUCUUACGGCUCUAAAAUAUCAAGAAAAGCCUUCUAACCCAGCAAUCAAACGCUCACCCCCAAUUUCGAUCCCCAAGUCAAAGCCCCUCAUCAAAAAACCGACCCCCAACCUUCCUGACUCAGCCCCUAUACAGAGCCCCGCAUGGGUCAACAUAUCUAUGACUGAUGAUGUAAAUAAAACCCUCCCCGCGGGGGGUAAAAAAGAUGAUUUUCGGUCGCAAUCAUUUCACACUAGGAGCUAUGACGCUUUUCAACGUGGCGUACAUACUGAUAAAAAACAUAGUGGUGGCUUACAAUUGUCUGCGACACAUAAUUCCUACAUAGAUGUGGUAAAUCAGUCAACAACCGUGAGCGCUGUUGCUGAUACCGAUACUACCAUGUCGUCUUUGCGUCUGGACGAGACGAGUGCGUCUGAUUUUAGCGUGAUUGAAAAUGAUUUGGAAGCGACUUUAAAAAAUGCGGAGGACGUGCUAAACAGCACCGAAAUCAGUUUGAAAUCUUUCCCACGCGGCAAAAAUGAUCAGCCUUACCAACCAUCAACCUCUCACCUUACUCGUGACCUUUUGUCUCCGAAUCUUUCGAAACUGGACUACGCUAAAAGAAUUCAGAGAAUAUGUGGAAGUGCAACACGACGUCGACCAAUGAGAUCUCAACAUCUAGAGAGAAGAGAAGAGGGAUAUCAAGAGGACACUGUGAGGACUGAACCCGUUCCUGCACCCUCUAGUGGUGAGAAAACAAAGACGUUGAAAUCUGAUCGACGAUGGAUUCCAGUGUGGGUGCAGAUCUUGAUUGUGAUCCUACUGGCUGUUUUCUUCUACCUCGUUGUACAAUCCAUGGAAUCAAACCCACAGAAAAAAAUCACUGGACUGUGAAAUUGGCAGGGCUUGAAUUCAAAUAGAAUUUUGGAAUUUUGAAACAGUUGAAACUGCAGGGUUAAAAAUUUGUAGAUUUUCUCAAAAGUGUGCAUUAUAUUGAAAGCCAAAAAAUACUGUAUAUUUUUGCACAGCAUUGUUCCAGUUGAACUGUUUUGCCAUACUGCAGGGCUGCAUUGAACUUUUUUUGAACAAAAAGUCAGCCAACUUGUAUGGAACAUUGUCACAAUAUUGCAGGGAUAAAAUUUUUAUUUUUUAUAUUCGAGCAAUAACUGCUUGAACAGACUUGUUGUUAUAAAUCGCAGAGCUCGUGUUGCACCCUGAUUUGUAAUAGUGCAGGGCUGAAAUGAGUAAACUUAUACAUGGCUUGUGAUGCACAUUAUUUUGCAAUGAAGCAGAACUAAAGCUUCUUUGUUAACUGCAGGGCUGAAACGAUCGUUUCUUUAUUUAAUAUGAACAAAAGCGUAUUAGUCAACCUAUUGCUACAGAACUAAUGUUGCAUUUCAUCUUUUUUCAUUAUUACAAGGUUAGAAAUGAGCAUAUUUUCAGAACAAAUUACAUACUAGUCGAUUGAUUGCUAAAGAGCUUAUGAUGCAUAUUAUAUUUUUUUCAAUAUUACAGGGUUAGAAAUGAUCACUUUUUAGAAGAAAAUCAGCGGAAUGCCUAUAUAAAAUGUACAUAGCCUUGUUUAACAUUUCACUUACAAUACUUUCAUUUACAACCAACUAAUUCAGGUAUAUUUAUUGUCGUUCUAGAAUUCCUAAAUAAACUUGUUCUUGUUCUGAUGAACCCAUUA